AACCAUUUUCACUGAGGUCAUGGCUGUCAUCUUCGGAGAUCCCCAGAGCAGCGCCUCUGCUCAGGACCCCCUCUUGCCAUGGCUCUUGUCAAUAAAAAAGGCUCUUGAUGACUUGGAACCAGGUGCCAGUUCCGGCACAGAUCUCGACAAGCUUCUCUCAGACUGUAUCACAACCUUCAAGCAUGAACACAAGUACCGAAACGACCUCAGAUUUCUCAAGAUUUGGUUUCUCUACUUGGAUGGCUGUGAAAAUUAUGAAAGCGUUUUUAGAGAAAUGGAAGAGUGUAAGAUUUGUAUUGGGCAUUCUCUGCUCUACGAGUCGUAUGCAAUGUUUCUAGAAGCGAAGGGGAAGCUGCUUGAUGCUCUUACAGUUUAUUGGACGGGCAUUUCAAGGAAUGCGGAACCACUUGAGAGGUUGAAGAAGGCACAAGCUUUAUUUCUUGAUAGAAUGUCUGACAUUGUGAAUGCUUGUUCACUUCAGAAGAUUUAUGUUAGUGAAUCUGUCAAGCCUGGAAAAGAAUAUGUUAAUCCUUGGUCGAAUACCACUAUUGAGGCUCUAUUAAAGAAGAUGAAGCAUCAAAUCUUGAAAUAUGACGGAUACCAUCCUAGUGCUAAGGCUUACCCCAAAAAAAUGGCUUUAUCUUCUUUGCGGAACUUGUCUAGAAAUAAGGUUAUUGAUAUAGGUUCAAAGAAGUACCAGAUCAAGGGUUGUGCUGGUCAGGGUGGAUUUGCUUCAGUAUUUAAAGCAUAUGUCAACAGUAAUCCAGAUGAAGUCGUUGCAUUGAAGAUACAGAAACCUGCUUUCGCCUGGGAGUUCUACAUGUAUCGUCAACUUGACAUGCGUAUUCCAGAUAGUGAAAGACCAAGCUUUGGAGCUGCACAGAGAUUGCACCUUUAUUCUGACUACAGCAUACUAGUCUGUGAUUAUUUAUCUCAUGGAACACUUCAGGAUGCUAUCAACUCUUACGUGGUUGUGGGUGGGUUUAUGGAAGAAGUGCUAUGUAUUUAUUACACCAUAGAGAUGUUAUAUAUUCUAGAAACUCUGCAUGGUGUUGGCAUCAUUCAUGGUGAUUUCAAGCCCGAUAAUCUACUUAUCCGCUAUGCUAGGGACGAUCUUGCAGUCACAAAAGAGGGUUUUCGCGACCGGCAUGGCGCUUGGCAUUAUCAGGGACUUUGCCUUGUUGAUUGGGGGAAGGGAAUAGAUCUGAAUCUCUUUCCUCACAAUGUAGAGUUCAAGGCAGAUUGUAGGACUUCUGGCUUUCGAUGUGUAGAGAUGCAAGAGAAUAAGCCAUGGAAAUUUCAGGUAGACACUUAUGGGCUCUGUGUUGUCAUCCAUAUGAUGCUGCACAAUUCAUAUUUGAAGAUUGAAAGGAAAGCGUCUUCUGAUGGUGGUUAUAUGUAUCAGCCCAAAUCAACUUAUAAACGAUAUUGGAAUGUUGAUCUGUGGAAGAAUCUUUUCACAAAGAUGCUAAAUGUUAAUCCUAAUGAAGACCACAUGAAAUUGCUUCAAAAUGUAAGGGAGCCCUUCCAGGAUUUCAUGUGCUCAAAGCCUGAGCUGAUUAAGAAACUAAAGCAGUUAUUGCUGAAGCAGAAGGCUUCCUUGUGUUCUUCCUAGACAUUGUUCAUUUCCUGAAGGUUCGUCUGGUUAUCUUUCAAUCUUUGAUUUGUUUACUGAGCAACCCUAGACAAUUAUACAAGGUACGAACAUUUCAAUCAUAGCUCUGCUCUCUUUUUUUCCCCCUUUUUUGUUUUGUUUUGUAUUUUGUAUUUUGUUUUUGUUUUUUUUCAACUUAGUGAAGUGUGUCCAGUCUACUGGAAGGGCUGUCACAGAAAACUUGCAGGUGUAGAACUCAAGUCUUCUGAAGAAGCAUUAUGUGUAUAUAUUAUUACCUUGUUGUAAGUUGUCAGUCUGCCACUUUAAAGAGGUUGAAGGUAUGUAAAAUAUAAAUAUAUAGAUUUGUAUGAUUUGUUAUCAACAUAGUUUGGAUAUGGAUAGUGAGAUUUUUUAUAAUUUUACAAAUUAUUCAUGCUCU